AGAACCACCAUCACACACAAUAGAUCAAGAAGCUCUGUGGCUCUUAACUUCCAACAACUAAACAAGAUCUACCGGAAUCCGGUAACUGAGUUGACUCGUCCGAGUUUCCACCACCGUAUCAUGGCGGAUCCGGCCUACUUUUCUCUCAGAAAAAUGCUACUCGACGAGAUCACGCCGGUCGUUAUGGUUCUCCCUACGCCGCUAGUCGAACAACGAUGCCAGAAAAACGGACUCUCCUUUGUUCAAAUGCUCACUCCGUUCUCCGUUUUCAACAAUAUCGACGUUCCUGUUCGUACAGCAAGUGACCAACCCUACAGGCUUCAGAAGUUCAAGUUACGAAUGUUCUAUGCGUCAGAUAUUCGACAACCAAACAUUGAGGUUACGAAGAAGCGUUUAGAACAGGUUAUUGCUGAUGCAGGAAACAACGAAGAUUCCGAAUUGUACUUAGAUCCCUCAUCUCUUGAAGCUAGGUCCACCUCUUCUGAACCUGAAUUUGUACCAACAUGGUUUCAACAUUUCAAUAAAGAGCUUGUACGCAGUGUAUCCUUCUCAGAUCAUGAAGCCUUUGAUCAUCCUGUUGCUUGCCUUUUGGUUGUUUCAUCAAAUGAUGAGGACCCCAUCAGCAAGUUCAUGGAUCUUUUUAACAAGAACCAGUUGCCCCCACUUCUUAAUGAUGGUGCAAUGGAUCCAAAGAUUCCAAAAUAUUAUGUUUUGGUACACGAUAACCAAGACGGAUCCCCAGAGAGAGCAACUAAGAUAUUGGCAGAAAUGAGAAAUACAUUUGGGUCAAAUGAUUGUCGUUUACUUUGCAUUAACUCUUCUCAAGGUCAAUCAGUUGAUCACCAACCGAAUCCAUGGGAUCCUUAUGGGUCAAAUGCAUCACCUGGUCAACAUCUUGGUUGUUUACUUAACAAUGAGGAUAUGGAUGAGUUAAGGAAUUUUGUUCGUGAUCUAUCAUCCAAAGAUAUAAUUCCUAACAUGGAGCAAAGGAUCCGUGUUCUAAAUCAGCAGGUCUCAGCAACGAGAAAAGGUUUUAGAAACCAAAUAAAAAAUUUAUGGUGGAGAAAAGGGAAAGAGGAUACUCCAGAGGUUCAAAGUGUUAACAUGUACACCUUUAACUCCAUUGAAUCUCAAAUAAGGGUUUUGGGUGAUUAUGCAUUCAUGUUACGAGAUUAUGAACUUGCUUUGUCAAAUUACCGCCUGCUAUCCACUGAUUACAAGCUCGACAAAGCAUGGAAACGAUAUGCUGGUGUACAGGAAAUGAUGGGAUUGACAUAUUUCAUGUUGAACCAAUCAAAAAAGGAUGCCGAGUAUUGCAUGGAAAAUGCCUUUACCACGUAUUUAAGAAUAGGGACAUCAGGUAAGGGAAAUGCCACACGAUGUGGUCUUUGGUGGGUUGAAAUGUUGAAGACAAGUAGUCAGUAUAAAGAUGCUGCUGGUGUUUACUUCCGUAUCUCUGGUGAGGUAAUGGAACCACUUCACUCAGCUGUAAUGCUUGAGCAAGCAUCUUACUGCUAUCUUCUAGCCAAACCAUCCAUGUUACGGAAGUAUGGAUUUCAUCUCAUUCUUUCUGGUGAUCUGUACAACAAAUGUGAUCAGAUAAAACAUGCAAUUCGUGCAUACAGAAAUGCACUGUCCGUAUUUAAAGGAACAACAUGGAGCCAUAUUCAUGAUCAUGUUCAUUACCAGAUAGGAAAGUGGUAUGCUUUUCUUGGAAGGUUUGAUGUGGCCAUGAAACAUAUGCUGGAAAUAUUGGCUUGUAGCCAUCAAUCAAACGCAAUGCAAGAGUUAUUUAUGCGGGAUUUUUUUCAGAUUUUAGAGAAAACAGGAAAAACGUACAAUAUUUCCCGACUUCAGCUGCCGAUUGUUAAUAUCUCUUCCCUCAGCAUUGUUUCUGAAGAUCAUCGAACUUAUGGAUCACCUGCUGCUGUCAGCGUUAAAGAAAGUGUUUGGCAGUCUUUGGAAGAAGAGAUGGUUCCGUCUUUAUCGAAUGCCAAAACUACAUGGUUGGAUUUACAGUCAAAGCUUCUACCAACGAAGCUUAAACAGUCAAAUGUCUGUGUGGCAGGAGAAGCACUUAAGGUGGAAAUUUCUUUCAGAAACCCUCUUCAAUUAUCUAUUCCCAUUUAUAAUGUUACCUUAAUGUGCGAGUAUUCAGAAAACGAGACACCCCCUGAUGCAAACAGCUCGUCUUCUGUAAAUCAAGGUGUUGAAGAUGGGAAAAAAGCAACUGGCAGGGAGUCCAACUCUGACACGUCUCUUUUUACAUUAUCUAAAGUUGACAUAACACUGGAAGGUGGUGAAACGACAGUGGCUCAGCUAAGUGUUAUUCCUAGAAAAGAAGGCCUUCUAAGAGUAACCGGUGUGAGUUGGAAACUUUCCGAUUCAAUGGUUGGCUUUUACACUUUCGAUCCAGACUUGAUAACGAAAAAAUUGUCGAAACAAAAAAGGAAAGCCAAGCAGAACGCCAAUAAACUUGAGUUUUUGGUCAUCAAGAGCCUACCCAGACUUGAGGGUGCUAUUAAUAAUCUUCCCAGUACGGUUUAUGCUGGAAAUUUACAUCGUUUAUCACUUGAACUGAGAAACUCAUCAGAGAUUCCUGUGAAGAAUUUAAAGAUGAAGAUUAGUCAUCCUAGAUUUCUAAACAUAGGAAAUCCCGAAGUAUUGGAUGUGAAUUUUCCAUCUUGUCUGGAGAAGAAACAAUCCUAUGCACAUAAAGAUGCAGAUCUUGACGUCACUAAACAAUCAGAAACCGUAUUCCAUUUCCCCAAGGAUGUAGUUAUUAAUAACGGAACUCCCUUUCUUUUGCCACUUUGGUUUCGGGCUGCUACACCGGGAAACGUGUCAUUGUAUCUCACAAUAUAUUAUGAAAUUGAAGACAAAUCUACUACUAUGCGAUAUCGCACUUUGCGUACAAAUCAUAUGUUAGAGGUGCUACCAUCUUUAGAUGUGUCAUUUUUUAUCAACCCGAGUUCUUCACGGUUACAAGAAUACGUUGUGCGAAUGGAUAUUAUUAACCGAACAAGUUUGAGAAAUUUUAAGCUUCAUCAACUAUCAUCCGUUGGGAAUGAAUGGAAAAUCUCUUUAAUCGAAUCACUUAAUCACAUUUUCCCUUCGGGAAUCUUGGUACCCGGUCAAGCUCUUACGUGCUUUCUUAAACUCAAGAAUGUGAAGACAUCAGAAACUGACACUGAAACAGAUGUUUGGUUGGGUGAUGUCAGCAAUGAAGCGGUUUUCGAUACGCAACGCGCUCCACUUGUUAAUUUUCAUCAUUAUGAACGUUUGCAUCAGAAAACAGCACAUCAGGAAAAUCAAAGCACGGUAGAUUUCAUGUUGAUAUCCAGAAUGGAGGAAAGUGAAAAUGUUCCUUCUGAUGUUCCUACCCCUCCGCAAAUCUUUUCCCACCACGCCUGUCAUUGCAGUGUUUCAACCAAGAGACCAAUAUGGUGGUUACUAGAUGGUCCGCGUGUCAACCACUACAGCUUCUCUAAUUCCUUCUGUGAAACAAAACUCAAAAUGACAAUUCACAACUCUUCAUCUUUUGUCGCUUCCGUUCGCAUCAACACGUUCGAUUCCCCACCCGGCGGUUCCCCAUCGGGGAACAAAAUCGGUUGGCACGAUAUGUCAACUCCACCGUCUUUAGACGAUGCAACCGGUGGCAGAAAGCUACUGGAGUCGGUCCCACCUUUUAUUUGGUCCGGGUCAAGUACAACCCGGGUCAAACUUGAGCCCAAUGCCACCACAGAAAUCUCUCUUCUGGUCACGACUUUUGCACCCGGUACUUAUGAUCUUUCUAACUACACGUUAAACUGGAAUCUUUUAGACUCGAGUGAUUCCGAGGAAAAAGAAGGGGUGUGCUAUGGGCGUCCGUUUUAUUUGACCAUAUUGGGUGAGGAAUGAAAUGAGCAUAUUUUUGUUUUGAUUUUUGUGAAAUUAACCGGGAUCUUGUGUACUAAUUCAGUUGUAAAUUUUGUUGUUACAAAUGUGUUUAUAGAACAAAAUAGGGAAGAUUGAUGGGAAAUGGAGAUUUAUUUUUGUUCACAGGUUAAUAAGAACAAUGGGAUGAUGGUUCAUAGUUUA